AAUGUUCUUGAAUUUUCUUGCCCAAAAAUUUCCAGUGAAGACAUGUAUGCUCAGGAUUCAAUACAACUACUCACAUCGUCUGGAAUUCAGUUUAAAAAGCAUGAAGAAGAUGGAAUCGAUGCAGAAUAUUUUGCUGAGCUCUUAAUGACGUCCGGUAUUGUCCUCAGUGAAGAAGUCAAAUGGAUCACUUUCCACAGUCUAUUUUUGUUCUUGUUGGUGAUUCCAUUGAACCAGACAAUAGUAUUAUUACAACAGAAAAAUUACUUUGAAGACAACAUUGAUGACGACAAGUACUUAGGUCACUUAUAUGGUCUUGGGUCAUCGUACAAUUACUUUGAAGACAACAUUGAUGACGACAAGUACUUAGGUCACUUAUAUGGUCUUGGGUCAUCGUACGUGCAGAAUGGCAAUGCGUUCGGUGACGAGAACAACCUGUCGUCGUAGCAGUAGCGUCAGAAUCCGCCAUGUUAAAUCUGUACAGAAUGGAGGACCAGGCCUUUUGCAAGUUCUCAAUGCUAAAUGUUGAACAUCAAUUUUUUUUCUCGCCUAUUUGUAUAUUAUAGUAGAAUUUUAAACCUUCGUAUUUUGAAACAUUGUACUGUGUAUGUUCCUUUGUGUACUCACGUUUGUAGUCUGUGUCCCAAUUCCAGAUUUAUUCUUGUUGCCAAAUUCUUAAGCAUGUAAUUUCCCCUAUGUUCUGUAGCUUCAGAUUCCUAUACGUUUUAGAUUUUAAAUAUUAUUA